UCUUCUUCUUCGCCGCACAUCUUGGAGGCACUGGUCGCGCGCACCUUUACACCAUUGCCAGCUGACGUCGUAAAGCUCAAUCACCGCCCAUCAUGCUCUAUCAACCCAUCGCAAAGACCCAGCUCGAAUGGCUUGCCAGCCUCAACCCCCUCGAACAUGGCGUCGACAAUUCUAACAAGUUCUUGCGAAAGACGUCCAUCAUCGCGACCAUUGGCCCCAAAACCAAUUCCGUAGAGAUGCUUGGCAAGCUGCGCAAAGCUGGCAUGAACAUUGUCCGUCUCAAUGCAUCGCACGGCAGCCACGAGUACUUCCAGAGCGUCAUCGACAACUCACGGGCCGCCGUCGCCCAGUCUAGUGGCAGGCCGCUCGCCAUUGCACUCGACACCAAGGGCCCAGAGAUGCGCACCGGUGUCAUGGUCAACGGAGAGGACGUCAGGAUCAGCAUGGGUCACGAGUUCUACGUGACCACGAACGAAAAGUACGCAGAGGCAUGCAGCGACAAGUUCCUCUACAUCGACUACAAGAACCUCCCCAAGAAGGUCGAGGUCGGUCGCACAAUUUACGUUGACGAUGGCAUCCUCUCCCUCGAGGUCCUCGCCAUCGAGGGAGACGACAUGGUCAAGGUCCGCGCCGUCAACAAUGGCGUGCUGUCCAACAAGAAGGGUGUCAACCUGCCCCUCACCGAUGUCGACCUGCCAGCAAUCUCGGAGAAGGACAAGAAGGACAUCGAGUUUGCCGUCGAGCAGGACCUCGACAUGAUCUUUGCCUCCUUCAUCCGCAGGGGCUCCGACGUUCGCACCAUCCGCAGCAUCCUCGGCGAAAAGGGCGCCCACAUCAAGAUCAUCUCCAAGAUUGAGAACCACCAGGGCGUGCUCAACUUUGACGAGAUUCUCAAGGAGUCCGACGGCAUCAUGGUCGCACGUGGCGACCUCGGUAUCGAGAUCCCCGCAGCGCAGGUCUUCAUGGCCCAAAAGAUGAUGAUCUCCAAGUGCAACAUUGCCGGUAAGCCGUCCAUCUGCGCGACCCAAAUGCUGGAGAGCAUGGUCGUCAACAACCGCCCCACGCGUGCCGAGGUGAGCGACGUUGCAAACGCUGUCCUCGAUGGUGCAGACUGUGUCAUGCUCUCCGGAGAGACCGCCAAAGGUGCCUACCCGAUCGAGGCGGUCAACAUGAUGGCCGAGACCGCCUAUCUCGCUGAGCAGUCCGUCUCAUACGUGCCGCUCUUCAACGAGAUGCGCUCCCUCACCCUCGUUCCCACUGAGACAUCCGAGACGGUCGCCAUGGCCGCCGUCUCUGCGUCGCUGGAGCAGCAAGCAGGUGCGAUCAUGCUCAUGUCCACCUCGGGCAACACAGCACGCCUCGUCAGCAAAUACCGCCCCUCUUGCCCGAUUCUCGUGAUCACGCGCAACCCGCAGACCGCACGCGCUGUCCACAUCUACCGGGGCUGCUACCCAUUCUACUACCCAUACGCUCGCCCGGACUCCAACUCCAAGUGGCAGGAGGACGUGGACAACAGGAUCAAGUUCGGCCUCGCCGAGGCGCUCAAGCUCAACAUCAUCGAGAAGGGCGAUACAGUCAUUGCGCUCCAGGGCUGGCGCGCGGGGCAAGGUGCAACCAACAGCUUGCGUAUCCUCAGCGUCCCACAGGCGUCCCAAGGCUUCCAGCUGGAGAGCGCGUAAAGGAGCGAUGGAAGAAUGCAGUGAGCAAAUCAAACUUGCUUUUCAAAACUCGCACGUUUUUGUCCCGAAGAUUUCAAAGAGAGAAAGACACC